CACAGUUGCGAGAGCAAGACGAUUGUGUGUUACACUAUUAUAAUGCAAUGGCAAGGUUCAACUUUGAGACUCAGCUCCAAGAGAUACUUGGUGUCCCAGACUCAAUUUGGCUGGGAUGCGUCCAAGUUGACCUGAACAAACCCGAGAUAGGCCGUGGCUCGGAUGCCACUGUGUAUACAAGUGAGUUGGAGGGUCUCCCUGUUGCUGUGAAGGUCUUACAUAGUAUUUUACUCCAACAGGGCAAUGUCGGGCGUGCAGCUCUUCUGCAGCGAUUCGGCACUGAGUGCCUAGUCAUGCGGCGACUGCAGCAUGAAAGAAUUGUGCGACUGCUCGGGAUCGGCAUUGCUCCCAAUCAAUCUCCGUGUAUAGUGGUAGAACUGAUGGCCGGUUCGCUUGGUGAUCAAAUUGGAGUUGUUCCAAGAGAGCCAUUCGCGCAAAGCCUUCAGUAUCUUGUCGACACGGCGGAAGGUUUGCGCUUUCUACACGGCAAGAACAUUUUGCAUCGCGAUUUGAAACCCCACAACAUCUUGAUCACGGCAGGGAGAGCCAAGAUAGCUGAUGUAGGUUUGGCCCGCUCUCUUCACGGUGGUCAAGGUGCAGACUUGACAACUCUGACACGGUGCCCCGGUACGCCUUAUUAUAUGCCGCCAGAGAGCCUGCAAGUGGGCACAACAUACGACGAAAAACUGGAUGUGUUUUCUCUAGGAGUGGUGAUGCUAUCGCUGCUUGUGGGACGACCGCCUUCCCCAACCGAAGCUACUGUUCUGCUGGAGAAUGGAACGCGGAGAUCAGUUCCGGAGGGUCGCCGACGCAAAGCAGAUCUGGAUCGACUGGGCUCGGAUCACCCACUACAUUCUCUAAUCGUGUCGUGUCUGCAUGAUGAUCCUGGAUCUAGACCAACAUCAGCUGAUGUUCACAUGCACUUACUGCAGAUCUCACUUCCCUCUAUGUCCGCAGAUCGCUAUUUGAGCCAGUUUGCAGACAUUCUGACUCAACUCCAAACGAUCUCCACACAACAGCAGGCAAUGAUCACCCGAGUGACUGCUGUGGAAAAGAAAGUGAACGGCAUGGAUGCAUUGAGGGAGAGAAUUUCUACCGUCGUCACUAACCUCAGUGCCCACUCCUCGACUCUCGCUUCACUCAACUCCAACGACGUGGAUACACGCUUGGCUGCAGUGGAUUCACGCUUUGCUGCAGUGGAUUCACGCUCGGCUGCAGUGGACUUACGCAUUGCUGCCCUGGAGUCACGUGCCUCCAGACAGUCUUCUAGUGCCAGUACUCAACGUCUGACGGCAACUACCUCACACAACCGUGACUCCAUUCCCCAGUCCUCUCCAUCACCACGCAGUGCAUCUUCUGCAACACCACCGAUGAUGUCAUCCAGCGCUUCCUCAGCUCAAACACCGGUGAGAGUCCCCAGACAAGGGUCAGCCUCAGAUCAGUCUACCUCGCCCAGAAACACAUUGUCAGCAUCACCAUCCGCAGCAUCAUCAUCAGCAGCAUCAGUAGUAGCUACAUCUCCACCACAGAAGCGUGAUUACACACAGAUCCGCAAAUCAAGGUACUCAUUUGGUAGUGAGGGCAGCGGGAGAGAUCAGUUUAACUGCCCUUCGGGACUAGCAUCCAACAAAGCUGGUGACCUGAUCAUCUGUGACGCCAAUAACCACAGAAUAAAGAUACACGGUGUUGAUGGCCAGUUCAAGCAGACGAUUGGUCGGGAGGGUACAAACUGUGGAGAGUUCAACUUCCCAUCAGCUGUGCAUGUAACAGAUGAUGAACGAGUGAUCAUUGCUGAUGAAAACAACCACCGACUACAGAUCACUGACAAGGACUUCUCCGAGUUCAGCACCAUAGGAAGGCGUGGAUCAGGAAUUGGCGAGUUCGAUUUCCCAACUGGUGUUGUCCAAGUGAACCACAGCGCACUGGGCCAGUGCCUUGCUGUGACGGACUCAUGGAACCAUCGGGUUCAGGUUGUGCCAUGCAGUGGUGAGACAGAAUAUGCAUUUGGAACAGAAGGUAGUGGUCAAGGCCAAUUUCAAUACCCAAGCGGCAUCACAGUGUACCACAACAGGUUGUUAAUUGCAGACGAGGACAACCAUCGCAUCCAGGUGAUGACCGUCGAUGGAGAGUAUAUCACUUCGUUCGGGUCUCAGGGCAGCGCUUUUGGGCAGCUGUGCCAACCGCAUGAUGUCACUACAGAUGCCUACGGCAAUGUUCUAGUCACAGAUGAUGGCAAUGGGCGUGUUAUGAUCACCGACAAGGACUUCUCCGAGUUCAGCACCAUAGGAAGGCGUGGAAAAGGAAUUGGCGAGUUCAAGAUCCCAUUUGGUGUUGUCCAAGUGAACCACAGCGCACUGGGCCAGUGCCUUGCUGUGACUGAUGCAGAGAACCAUCGGGUUCAGGUUGUGCCAUGCAGUGGUGAGACAGGAUAUGCGUUUGGAACAAGAGGUAGUGGUCAAGGCCGAUUUCAAUAUCCAAUAGGCAUCACAGUAUACCUCAACAGGUUGUUUAUUGCUGACCAGCACAGCCACCGCAUCCAGGUGAGGACCGUCGAUGGAGAGUAUAUCACUUCGUUCGGUUCAAAGGGCAGCGCCUUUGGUCAGCUGCAGUACCCGCAACAUGUCACUACAGAUACCUACGGCAAUGUUCUAGUCGUAGAUAGUGGCAAUGGACGUGUUAUGAGAAAUGCCUAA